UGCUCCGUAGUGUACACACAGGGCGCGAGGAGCAGAUUGGUAGCCCUCUAGGAGGAUCUACCGAUAAUAGAUCGGGUAAAUGUGGUCAUGUUGCAGUUGCUGGCAUUGAGUUCUAGGAUCAUUGACUGGGAUAUCUGCUUUUUAUGUAGCGGCCGAGAGAACCUCAACACUGAAAAUACUUCAGCGCGCCUCUUGAGACACGGUUCCCCCCAAACAAACAUGGGGUCUCGGUCUAUAAGUAUGAGGUAAAGUGACCUUUAAUCUCCUAUCUGAUGGCAAAUUUCGCGAACUACCAAGAAGGCAAAGCCGCUAUGUUGAUGUUGGAAACGCAACAGCGGGCUAUCGGGACUAACGGUAAACCUGCAACGGCGAACGGCGACGUCUCUGUCGGGGAACCCCCUUCCGUACUGGAUGUCGGCGGCGCUGCUUUUCAUCAACCGAGUGAUCAACAUCAACAGCACCUGGAAUCACCGGCGAGGAAAGGAUCCACGACCUCGUUUAACCGGGCGUACGAGGACUCUGCUGCGAGCAACACACACGCUACCUCAGCUUCCCCAGCUGUGAACACCAGCUCUGCUGUGUCUGACGAAAUUAGGAAGUGCGGUUAUCUGAGAAAGCAGAAACACGGCCAUAAGAGGUUUUUCGUCUUGCGGGGGUCGAGUAAACUGGGGCCGAGCAGACUGGAAUACUAUGACAGCGAGAAGAAAUUCCGAAACACCCUGCGCUCGAGCGCUGCUGCCGCCGCCUCAGCUGGCACCUCUCCCCCCAAAAGAGUGAUCUAUCUCUACCAGUGUUUCACGGUGAAUAAAAGGGCAGAUUCAAAGAAUAAACAUCUCAUUGCUCUGUAUACUAAGGAUGAAUACUUUGCCAUUGUUGCUGAGAAUGAGCAGGAGCAGGAGGAGUGGUACCAGGCGCUCAGCGAGCUUAUGAGUGAGGGGAAGAGGGGUCAUCUGGACGCGGAAGAGAUUGACGAUGGAUACGGUACUGUGACUCCAGGGACUGACUUUAAGGAAGUGUGGCAAGUGAAUGUUAAACCAAAGGGCUUGGGCCAGACGAAGAAUCUAACUGGUGUGUAUAGGCUCUGUCUCUCUGCCAAGAGCAUCCACCUGGUGAAGCUGAACUCUGAGACGCCUUGCGUGAACUUGCAGCUGAUGAAUAUCAGACGCUGUGGCCAUUCGGAGAGCUUCUUUUUUAUUGAGGUUGGCCGCUCUUCUUCUAUUGGACCUGGGGAGGUUUGGAUGCAGGUGGAUGAUUCUGUGGUGGCUCAAAACAUGCAUGAGACCAUUUUAGAGACCAUGAAGGCGCUGAAGGCAUUUACUGAGUUCAGGCCCAGAAGCAAAAGCCAGUCUUCUGGCACCAACCCGAUGGGCUUUAUCACCACGCGGCGACAUUUGGGCAAUCUGCCGCCCAGCCAGACAGGGCUCCAGCGGAGGUCUCGGACAGAGUCUGUGGUGGGCACUCCAUCUAGCAGAAAGAGCAGUGGAGCGAACGGAUACCGAUUCCGCACCUCCAGUGAGGGAGAGAGCACAAUGAACCGUCCCUUUCGCUCUGUGACAGGUAGCCUUAUUCAUCUCAACACAGCCCGUGCUAACCUGAGCCGGCAGGAAAGUAGUAGUGGGGCCGGGGGCCGCUACAUUCGUGCACCACCGGGCUCCACUUAUCAUGCCCGUUCAGCCUCGCUGCCAGUGUCACACUUCCCUUCAACCACCAGUCCGAUCAGCAUGUCUAGCAGCAGCGGGCAUGGAUCUGUGUCAGACACCAUCACUCGCCCCUCCAGCGCAUCCAUUUGUGGAUCCCCAAGCGAUGGAGGUUUCAAUUCAUCUGACGAGUAUGGCUCCAGCCCUGGAGACCUCCGCUACUUCAGAGUACGCAGCAACACCCCUGACUCCCUGGGAAACACACCACCCAUCCGUGAGGAGCACUGCCUCAAUGACUACAUGGCUAUGGGCUGGAAUCGUGAUGUGUUCGGAACGAGCACGGCUGAGGCCGCCCGAGAUGAAAGUGCUGAUGAAGAUUCACGACCGGGGUCUUUAAGGAGGCGGACGGCCUCCUUCUCCAGGUACGUUGGGGGUGCUAGUGCUGCUGGAGUAGCUGUUUAUCAAAAGAUGACCCAGACCACCUUCUCGCUGGACGAGGCUGUGGCUGAGAGUAGCUCUUGGAGCGGCAGUGCCCAGACUGUCUCUACCUCCUCCUCCCUCUGUUCUGACUACAGCUCCAGUUCUGAACACAGUCAGGACCGGCCCCCUAGCCUACGGCCUGCUGACGCUCCUAAGGAUGAUGGGUACAUGCCCAUGAUGGCAGGUGUGCUGCCCUCCACUAGUGAUGCAGACUACAUGCCUAUGCAACCAAAUAUCUUCCUCUCUGCCUCUCCACAAAUCCAAAGGUCUGCUUUAAAUGUUCCCCAGCACACAGACUCUCAAGGCUAUAUGAUGAUGCUCCCAGGUAGGAGUGGGGCUGCUGACUCCCCCCUCCCUUCCAGCCCUGACAUUAGCAGACGAGCAGAGGCACAGAGAGCCUCUGACUGCCCCAAGAAUGCAGAAUACAUGGAUAUGUCUCAGAGCAGCUGCACAGCUAAUGCUCAAAAGCUUUCCACAGAGAAUUAUUAUGCCUUGACCACUCCUGGCGUCCCCAAGUCCUACAGUCCAUAUUUCUCUCUCCCUCGCUCAUACAAAGCCCCAUCCAGAGACCAGGCUGAGCAUGAUGAUUAUGUCCCAAUGAGUUCCCCAGCGAAACCAGUCUACAUCUCGCCCACAGCCACCCCAGAUCGCAGUAGCAGGUGCCCACCUUCUGAGUCUUCUCAGCAUAAUAGCUUUACGGACCGCCGUGCCGUUCGGCCGAACCGUCUGCCCCUAGGAAGGCGAAGUCACGGCUCUAUGAGAGCAUGCGAAGUGGCAGUGCGACCAUCCAGCCCUGGAGAAUACAUGAAUAUUGAAUUUGGGGAUCGGCCCACAUAUCCUGCCUGCCCGUUGUCUGCUGAAGGUUCUCCAUCAACCCUCAGUAUCAACCGGGAGCAGCGUAAGUCCCCUCUGCCACAGGACUACAUGACUGUCGAGGUGGCUGGACUUCCACCCAAGAGUCGGUCCCCUCGGCCCUCUCUGGUUGCCCCUUGGAAUCCUCCUUCAUAUAUCCGGCCCUCCUCAUCCUCCCACUGCAGCGGGCUCAUGGUGGGUAAGCCUGACGACUACACAGAAAUGUCCUUUGGGCCUGAGGACGAGUCAAAGAGCCCCACAGCCAUGCUUGAACACCUAUGUAUUCUGGAGCAACAGUUUUUCCCCUUCAGCCCCCCGACUGAGCCCAAAGUUGUCCGUGCUGAUCCCCAGGGCAGGCGGAGACACAGUUCAGAGACCUUUGUCACAUCUUCAGGAGCGUCAGGUGGAAGUGGCUCGGACACCAAUGGCACUGUACCUAGCAAUGUUGGGGCUCAGCAGGUGGGCCGCAUCAAGGGACAAACUUUUGACUGCGUUUGGAUUGAUAGCAUGACAUCCAGUAGUGAUGUAAUGCUGGGAACCACAUCAGAUUCAGCAAAUUCCCCCUCUGUGAGGUCUGCAAGGACUAUAACUGUGGAACACCAGAAUGGCCUGAACUACAUCUCCCUUGACCUGAGAGAUGAUCUCCGGCCUGGGAACGCUCACAAUGCGCUUACCUUGCCAUCCCCCAGUGCUCCUCCUCCAGAGAACGGUGCCUAUGCCAGCAUAGAUUUAAUGAAAUCUGAGGAGUUUACAGCAGUGUCUAAAGACUAAGGACUGUCCCAUCAAGCUCCUGCAGAGAUGCCUGCUAACGUGCGAGCCCUAGCACACAACCCUGUGACAGCAAAAGGAUCCUGAGUUUUGUUUUAAUGGACACUUAUGGUUAUUUUUAUUUGUUUGUGUGCCGUCUCAGAGCACAUCCAUACGUUCUGUCUUGUAUGAGUUCAGUGCUUUGUGAUUUUUAUCCGCUGCAUAAACAACACCAUAAUCCACAAGUCUGGUUUAGACAGGUGCAUGCUGUUUACAAGCGUCACACAGAUGUACAAAUUGUAUUUAUUUCCCAUAAAGAUUUCAGGUGCAAUUACAGAUUUUAGUGUUUAUGUUUACCGUUUGCUUAACAGAGAUCAUAUAUCGAUACGGUACAGACUGCAGAUGGGAUGUGACUGUACACCAGUAGUGUUUUUUUUUUUUUAAACGUAUGUCUGUCUCCGUUAGGUCGUCGCUUAAAGUUUCACGCACAUCUUCAGUUUUGGACCAUAGAAACAUCCUUUUUUUGUACUAUCAACACUGUUCUUCAGUAUCUGUGAGUGUCAGGCUAGUCAUGCCGUUUCAGUCUGCUUUAACCCAGUGCAGGGACACAGGUGUUUUUCAUCGUGCCUUUUUGGCAUGUGGCGCAGCCCAGACUUAGCCUUUUCGUAUCUGUUCCCGUACUUAUUUUCGACCAGCAUCAUCUCCUUUUUGCCAAGUGUGCUGUAGAGAGGGAGGAGAAGAGGAAGGGUCUAUUCUGGGACUCCCCUGGUGAAAUCUGCUGCCGUUGCUAAAAUGACACUCAGAUGAGCACAGAGUUAGUGAUUUAUAUAUCAUCCCAAUAAAUAUAAAUUAGUUCUCGAGUUAUGUUUUGGUACCCACAGUAAAUGAACUGUAAGGGGAGCGCCUCUUCAACUUUGUGAACAAACAGCACAAUAUGAAGGUACGAAAGCUCAAUUUUGUCUGUAUAAACCUUUAUGCAUGCUGUUGGCGAGAUCGUAGUAUCUCCUUCAAUAGACGACAUUAAAACAGCCUCAACAUUUCAUUAAUAUCUUAUUUAUAAUGAAUAAUAUUCAAUAUUUUAGUAUUACCAAUCAGUUUUUUGUUCCAUGAUACUCUUCUCUCAGUAUUGCGUUAUGUCCUGUUUUGAUCAGGAAGUGAAGAAGCGGUACAGUUUAUCGAACUGAUUUGUGUGUUUUUCUUUAAUAUUUUUGAUAUGCACACUACUCCAUCUGGUUCAAACUUUAGGUACAGCCAUUAGCUUGCUACCAGUUGCGACACACUGUUUUAAAAGACAAAAUAAAAUGUGAAACUUGUCGUGACAAAGAAAAAGAAAAAACUGUACGAUACGGUCUUCAUUGUUAUUCUGUCAAUGGUACGAAAGUGAAUUUUGUCGUCUGGUGAAAGGAUUCAUUCGUCGUGGAUUUACCAAAGUCUUAACUAGCACAGAUUGGCCAUUGAAGCUCAGUUGUGGUUCUGUGAAAAAACAAGGUUUUGCUCAAUGUCCAAAAGUAUAUCUAAAACCCAAAAUUGCCUCUGUGGUAAAUGGGACGUUGGCAUUAAAAAAAGGGUACAGGUUAGUCUUUUUUCUGGCUAAUGUCAGCAUAACAUUUGUAAUUGUGAGAAUGAUCUCUAAGAGUUACACUGAAACAAAUUAUUUUUGAACAUAAAAGCUUUAAAUCAGCCACAUAAAUGUAUUUGAUAUCAGCCUUUUGCUAAUGUAUGUGAUCAAGCUGACUGCUUUUUGCCAUGAUUUUUAUUGAUUAGUACAGAUGUGCAGUGGUGCAGCAUUAAUAUGUUUCCCCCCCAAAUUGUUUGUUAUUGUUUUAAUAGCUCCGAUCUUUUCUUUUGGAAUGUUUUAUGAAAGGCAUCUUUCAUUUGGCAUCCUUUCAAAGUCAACGAGACAGGAAGUUUGUGUCAGUUUUCGUGUAUUUGUCGAACCUCAUUAGUAUGUUUUGGUACACUUGUCUUCUGUUCGCUAUUGUUUUUGAAGUCUAUGCUUGACAGAUGGCAAAGUUCAGGUGUGAGGUCCGAUGGAGUCGGA